AUGUAUGGCUGCAUCGCCAAGAAGUUCGACGGAGUUCUCAUCGAACCGAAGGUACGUGCAGCCCAGCAAUUAGCAAGCGGUCUUAUGGUCAUCCUCUCCAAGAUGUUCGAUCGUUGUGCCGGUGGAACUUUUACUGAGGAUGAUACUGUGAAUGAUGCCGCUCUCGACACCUUCAUCUUCUACGACCUGGAGGAGUUUACGGUCCCGUCAGGUGAAGCUGAUGUCAUUCACAACUACCUCCCAGUGGCUGGAGAUACGCGUGACGUGCUCUUUGCUUUCCUAGAUCGAGCUACUCUUAACAAGUGGAGCUGUUGA